AUGGCAUCUAUUUUGCCCUUUAUUGGGUGGGCGAUUCUUCCAAAUUACGCCACAUCCUUCCUUCAAAGUAUCUACUAUGGCAUCACCGUCCGAGCAGGCGAUCCACGCCCAAUGCCUCAAACUCCUCGAUUUGAGCGCGAUCGACGCCGGAUAUUCAUCUUUGUGAUUGUGAGCUAUCUCUUGUACACGCUCUACGAGUCCUUUCACCAAGUUCAAGUCGCGGGCGACUACUAUCAAAUGCUCGGUGUGUCGCCAUUUGCCGAUGAGCGCACCAUCAAGUCAAGGUUCCGCAAAGUGGCCGCUCAAUUCCAUCCGGACAAGGUCGGGCUCGACAACGGUGCCGAGGCACAGUUUAUUUUCCUGCGUCGCGCUCAGGAGACGCUCGCCGAUCCGGUCAAACGAUUUGCAUACGACCGUUUUGGACCUGACAUGAUGAGCUGGGGCGAUUUGAAGACCAUGCGCGAUUAUGUGACAACAUCACUGUCAAAGUCGCUUCUUCCACAGUAUAUCGGAGGCUUUGCGACAAUGAUUGUGCUGAACUGGCUGUGGUGGGCGAAUUGGGGACGCUACUGGCGUUUCUUCACCUUUGCUGCCCUGCUCACCCUCGAACUCGGCUUGAUCACCCACCCUCAAGCGGUCUUUAUGCCCACCUCAUACCUCCCUUCUGCAAUUCGUGCCUGGAUCCCCGGCGAGAAGUCUUUCUACCUCCUGCCCUUCCAGAUUCUCACACUUGCCCGCCGCGCCUCCAUCACUCUCCACAUCUUUAUCUCGCAAAUGGCUCCGCCCAAGGCCUCCACCAGCAAAGGCGAUGCCCUCUCCCCGCAAACCAUGCAACGGCUCGGCCAAGUGGUACAGUUAUCACGAGCCACGGACUUUGAGGCCACGCGACUGAUGCAGUUGGGUCUUGCACCGUUCCGUGGCGACCGUGAGAGUGUGUCGGCGCUGCGACGGGGGAUGAAGGAGGGGCUAAUUCUGGGAGGCGUGAGGGCUAGUCCUGAAGUACAAAGAGCGAUUGCGCAGGUGAUGGACAGACGCAAGGCUGAGACUGCUAGAUGA